CACGUUCAAUCUGAGCAUCGCCAACGUUCAAUAUGACUUCAUCAGAGAAACCUAUUGUUCUAUACUAUUAUGAACUCUCUCCUUACUCAAAAAAAGUGGUGUGGUAUCUUGCUCUUAAAGGACUCAAGUUCCAACAAUGCAUACAACCACGAAUAAUGCCCCGACCGGAUCUUAGUCGUCUGGGCGUUAAGUAUAGACGAAUUCCUGUUCUUACCAUUGGCAGAGACAUUUAUCUGGAUACCCGACACAUCAUCUCAAAGCUCAGCGAAUUGGAACCGGGAAAAAACGCUCGUCUCUCUGUUGCCACAACUCCCGAGCAGAAGGCACUGCAGCGUCUUUUACAAGCAUACAUGAUAGAUUCUGGCCUUUCGAGAUGUAUCGUGCAGUUGAUUUUACAAAAAACCAGAGGCAUGAUGGAUCCGGAGUUUAUCAAAGAUCGCACCGAAUUUAUGAGCGGUGCGUCGUUUUUUCCGCCAGAAGCCUUGGAGGCGAUGAGGCCAGAUACGAUACGAAGAGUGAAGGAUGGGUUUGAGUUUCUAGAACAAACACUGCUAUGUGAUGGGAGGGAGUGGCUGCUUGGGACAGCGGGGCCGACUAUUGGUGAUAUUGAGAUGGCUUGGCCGCUGCUGUGGCUGGAGAGGGUGCCUGGGGCGAGGCCUGAGGAGUGCAUUUCGGAAGCAAAGUUUCCAAAGGUGUUCGCUUGGAUGGAGAGAUUUAAGAGCACUGCGCAGAAGAGUUUAGAUGACUUGGGAGAACUGGCGACACUGAGUGGGGAAGAAGCCGCAAAGUUGAUACUGAGCUCAGACUAUCAUGAAGCGGAUGGACAUGUUGACGAAGCAGAUGUACUGGUUCAACACCAGAAACUGAAGAAGGGGCAACUCGUAAGGAUGUGGCCGACGGAUACUGGAUCGAAUCAUAAAGACUUGGGAGAGCUGGUGAGCGUUACUGAUAAGGAGGUGGUUAUUGAGGCCAAGGCAGAGGAUGGGGGACUGGUGAGGAUUCAUGCUCAGAGACAUGGGUUUGCUGUUGCGCCUUGCGAAGAAUAGUGCUGGAAGGAAUUGUGCCAUUGUUAAAAGUAUAUGACUAUCGCUACUCAGUCUAGGAAGAUAGAAACUAGUUAUUAUUAGAUAUACUAUUCCAU